AUGGUCAUUCUGGAUGACUACCUCUCCGUCGCGCCACCACACUUCGCCCACAUAAACCCAGCCGAAAUCAACAUUGACAUCUUCAAAUCAUACGUGCCUCAAAGCACGGCCGAAGAGAAGAGGGCGCUGGCUGAGAAACUGCGGCCAUACAGCAUCAUAUCCGCCAUGCGCGAGAGGACCCCCUUUCCUGCCCAGCUGCUGCGCAGCCUACCGAACCUCAAGCUGCUCCUCUGCACCGGCACGCAGUUCGAGACCUUUGACCUGCAGGCGGCCCGGGAGCUGGGCGUCACAGUCGCCGCGGCCCCCGGCAAGGGCCGCACCGACCGGCCCGAGCCCGCCGGCAGGCCGCUGCCCGCCGACAUCCGGAAGGGCGGCGGCCACCCGACCACGCAGCACACCUGGGCACUGAUCCUGGCGCUGGCUCGCAACGUCGCCAUCGACGACGCCGCCGUCAAGUCGGGCGGCUGGCAGUCCAGCCUGGCCACGGGCCUGGCCGGCAAGACCCUCGGCGUCGUCGGCCUGGGGCGGCUGGGCGCGGCCGUCGCGCGCAUCGGCGCGCUCGCGUUCGGCAUGCGCGUCGUCUGCUGGAGCGCGAACCUGGACCAGGACCGCGCGGACCAGGCGGCGGCCGGCCUCGGCCUGCCGGUCGAGGACGAGCUCGGCGAGCGCACCUUUCGCGCGGUCGGCAAGGAGGAGCUGUUCCGCGAGGCGGACGUGGUCAGUAUGCACUACGUGCUGAGCGAGCGGUCCAGGGGGUUGGUGAACGCGGAGAUGCUGGCGCUGAUGAAGCCGAACGCGCUGCUGGUCAACACCUCGCGCGGGCCGCUCAUCGACCAGGACGCGCUGCUCGACGCGGCGCACCAGGGCCAGAUCCGCGGCAUAGCCAUGGACGUCUACGACGAGGAGCCCCUCCCGGAGAGGAGCCCCUGGCGCAUCGAGCAAUGGGGCGUCGCGGGACGGUCCAAGGUGCUCACCACGCCUCACAUGGGGUACGUAGAUGAGGGUCUCAUGAACAGGUGGUAUGCGGAGACGGCCGAGAACUUGGAGCGGUGGCUCGCCGGCAAAGAGGUUCUUCAUCGCCUUGUAUAA